AUGGACCACCAGCUCCAGCAGAGUGACCACAUUGUGGAGCAGAACAAGCUGCUCGACCAGCUGCACAACUCCGUGAUGAAUACGCGGCAUUACGCCGUCUCCAUCGGCGACGAUCUCCGCGAGCAGGACGGCAUGUUAGACGAUCUCCACACCGGUGUGGCGCUCGCGGCGGAUGAGAGCCGACGGCAGAACAGCAACGUGAUUCGCCUGCUGAAGGAGAGCGAGAAUAGGGGCUUCUGCACCGCCGUAGUUGUGCUGGUGGCCAUUAUGAUCCUGUUGCUGUUGCUCUAG